AUGAGUAUCACAAGGUCGAUUCUCAGGGCUACUGAUGGCAAUUUGCGCACAGAUAACUGGCAGUAUAUUUUGGAUGUGUGUGAUAGGGUCAGGGAGGAUCCCGAAGAUGGGGGCGAGGAGGCUAUUGAAGUGAUAGAGGAGAGGUUGGAGCAAAAGGAUGCAAACGUGAUAUUAAGGACUUUAACGUUGAUUGUUUCUCUAGCGGAGAAUUGUGGAUCACGUCUGAAGCAGCUUAUCAGUUCGAAACAUUUUACUCGGCAGCUGUAUUCACUGAUAGAAAGUAAAUCUAUUCACGUAACGGUGAAACGUGAAACGGCGAAAAUGGUCAAACAGCUUUCUCUUUCUUUUAAGGAUGACCCUUCAUUGCGAUGUAUGGGGGAUUUACUUUCGCGAAUCAGUUCUGUCGCUCCUCAUCUUGUGGAGACUGAACAACCCAAUGUGCCUUCCAAGAAGGAGAUGAGUGCGGAUUCUAAGCAGAAGGAAGAUCAGGAUUUUGAAGAAGCUUUGAAACUGUCAUUAGCUGAGUAUGAACGGCAACAACAACACGAACAACAGCAGCAGCAGCAGCAGCAACGAAAUCAACAACCUGUGGUAGCAGCCAAUAUACAACCAGAGCAGCCUGUACAAACUAUUUCGAAUCAAGGAGAAGCGAAAUCGUCAGCACCAGCUGUCAUCAGAAAAGUGCGCGCGAUGUACGAUCUUUCGAGUGAAGAACCAGAUGAACUGUCCUUUAGGAAAGGUGAUGUUAUAGUUGUUCUUGAACAAGUCUACAGAGAUUGGUGGAGAGGCACAUUAUGUGGAAAGGUAGGGAUCUUUCCACUGAACUACGUUACACCCAUAGAAGAACCAUCCGCUGAAGAGUUGGAAGCAGAGAAGAGGAAAGAAGAUGCUCUAUUUUCUCAAAAGGCUAACAUUGAUCAGCUUUAUUACACUUUAGAAAAUUCCAAAGCCUGUGGAAAUGGUGAUUUAACUCAAAACCCGACAAUCAAUGAUAUGUACGGCUCCAUUACUCCACUGAGACCUCAGGUGGCAAAGACUAUUGGCAAAUAUGCCCGUAAGAGAGAAGAUCUCGCAUCACUACGUCAAGUACUGGCGACUGCAGAGGCUACUUACAAUCAGUUACUCGAUCGCGCUACCAAUGCAUACACAUCACCAGUGCCGCAACAGUAUGCAUCUUUGGCUGGUCGUGGGCCAACGAUGGCACCUUACGGAGGAGAACGGCCGCAAGGCCAGUUUUAUGGCAGAGUGCCAACGCAGCCCGCAACACGACCUGAAUUUGCUCAAUCGAAUUAUGUUCAACCUCAACAAUCUCCAUAUGCUCCUCAGGACCAACAUCGGGGCCAAUAUAUGCAGUAG